AUGGCGCACGGCUCGGUGGUGGCGGGCGUCAUCGGCGCCAAGAAGCCGCAGUACGACAUCUGGGGGAAGACGGUGAACCUGGCGAGCCGCAUGGACAGCACCGGAGUCAGCGGCAAGAUCCAGGUUCCUGAGGACACCUUCCUGAUCCUCAAGGAGCGCGGCUUUGCCUUCGAGUACCGCGGCGAGAUCUAUGUCAAGGGCAUCAGCGAGCAGGAGGGCAAGAUCCGCACGCACUUCCUGUCGGGCCGCGUCCAGCCCAACCCCAUCCUCCUGCAGCCGCGUAAGAUCACCGGGCAGUACUCGCUCGCCGCCGUGGUGCUGGGCCUGGUGCAGUCGCUGAACCGCCAGAAGCAGAAGCAGAUCCUCAACGACAACAACAACCAGGGCAUCAUGAAGGGACACCACUACAACCGCAGGACGCUGUUGGCGCCCGCCUCCGACAGCACCAGCGGGCACCACGCCGAGUCCACGGACCAGACCGAGCUGUCAUGA